AUGAAAUGCUCAAGGUGUAUAUAUUGGCUUGGUGUAAAGACAGUUGAGAAAUGUAUCCAAAAUUCUGCAGAAUUCUUUGUAGUUGGAGCAAAGGAAAAAGUUCCUGUUUCAAGAACUAUAAUACCUGUUACUUGGAGAAAACCCCUUGAAGGACGGGCCAAGCUCAACAUAGAUGGCUCGGCUUUGGGGAAUCUUGGUGUUGCAGGUGGAGGUGGUCUCAUAUGUGACCAUAAUGGUGAUUGGAUAGCAAGAUUCUCUAGAGCUCUCGGCUCCACUAAUAGUAUCAUUGCAAAGCUAUGGGCUCUAAGAGAUGGGCUAACUCUUGCCAAGGAACUCUGUUUAAACAAUUUAAUUGUAGAGAUGGAUGCUUUGAGUGUUGUUCAGCUGAUGAGCAAUAAUACUAUAAAUAUGUUAAUGGAACCUCUUUUGUCUAAUUGCAGGAACCUGCUCCAAGCUAUUCCCAACAAACGGAUAGAGCACGCAUACCGUGAAGCUAACCAAUGUGCGGAUGCGUUAGCAAAGAUGGGAACUAAUAGUAACUUUACUUUUGUUGUUUUUGUUGAACCACCGCCUAUGGUGGGUACUUUUUUAGCCUUUGAUAAGGCUAAUAUGUUUUGUAAUAGACUUCUAAAUUCUAACACAUGA